AUGCGUACAGAUUCUGAUGUUUGUUCAUUUGGGGUUGUGCUCUUUGAAAUCCUGUCUGCUCGACUAGCCUUGAACCCGAAACUGCCAAAAGAGCAAGUGAGUUUGGCAGAGUGGGCUGCUCAUUGCCAUAAGAAAGGCAUUCUUGAUCAAAUUGUCGAUCCAUGUCUAAAGGGGAAGACUGCACCAGAAUGCUUCAGAAAGGUUGCUGAGACUGCAAUGAAGUGUGUUUCUGAUCAGGGCAUUGAGAGACCAUCAAUGGGUGAUGUGCUAUGGAAUUUAGAAUUUGCUUUGCUGUUACAAGAGGGUGCAGAGGAGAGUGGCAAGGGUAUUGGUGUAUAUAUUUAG